GGCAUUUUCUCGGACAACUCACUCUUCUUCCGGCCCUCGGACAAACUAUAAAAGCACAAGCAAGCGAGCUUUGAACCCCCCUACACAGCUACGAAAAUACCGCUCCCCAAGUACGCAACGAUGGACUUCUACACUCUGCGCCGCGACAUGGAUCGCCUGUUCAACCAAUUUGAACGUGGCUUCCCGGCGAGCUGGCAGAGCCCCAUGCUUCAGCACCAGCAAGCCCCCAUGCUUGAAUCGGCUCACGACUCGUCCAAAGACGCGCCGGGAGACACUCAGGUGGGCGCACUGACGCCGGCGUGGCCGAGUUCGCGCUGGAUGACCUCGCCGAGCACGUCAUUCGCGGUCGACGUGCACGAGUCCAGCGACGGCUAUCACAUUUCUGCCGAUUUGCCCGGUAUGAAGAAGGACGAAAUCUCCGUCAACUGCGAGAAUGGCAUUCUCACCAUCAGCGGCGAGAAGAAGCAAGAGCAGGAGAAGAGCGACCACACGUACCACGUCUUUGAACGCUCGGUUGGCCGCGUUUCGCGCACGCUGCGUCUUCCUCGCGAUGCCGACAGCUCCAAGGCCAAUGCCAAGUACACUGACGGUGUCCUCACGCUUGACAUUGCCAAGCGCGCUCUUCCGGCCGGUUCCCGCAUCGCCAUCCAGUGAGCUGGAGCGGGGGGGGGGGAAGUGUUACCGGC